AUGAGCUUGUUCGCGGCGAAGCGCAAAGCGCGUGUGAUCAAAGUCUCUGAUGAUGAUGAUGCGGGAGACCAGCCAACGUCGUCUAGCGACAGCGGCAAUAUAGAGUCUGAAGUAUCAAAACCCUUAUUCGGAUCAAAGAACUCGCGCAAGCCUUUCCGCCAAUCUGGCCUGCGCAAGGCGUUCAACCCUCCCAACGACGACACCGAGAAUGCAGACCCCGCGCGACCUUCGAAGGGGGAGGAUGAGAGUGAUGGGCCAGCUGUGGUGCGACCUAAUUUUGGGCGAAAAGGUUCCUCGAAUGUAAAGAAUCGGAAAAAGAAGGCGACAACACUUUCGUUUGGGGACGAUGGCGAGGAUGCCGGCGAGGAGGAGGAGAGCGCUCUCAAAACGCCAAACAAAUUCCCUCUCGGCAAACGCGCGCUUGAAAAUAGCUCUCUCAAAAAAGGGCUGGCGACGAGGGGCCUGCCUAUGCGGUCGGCGCAGGAUGAUGAUGAUGACCGGCCCAAGUAUAGUCAAGAAUAUUUGGAUGAGCUCCAAUCGUCAACGCCAAAUACGCCCCGGGGCAUCAUAUUAUCAGCUGAAGAGAUAGAGACUAUGGAUAUCGACGAAGCAGAAUUGGAUGGUGCCUUGAUUGUCGAAUCUCCGAGCCUCAGCACCCAGCAACAAACUACGAUUCUUUCCGAAGCUGAGAUACGUGAAAGAAAGGAAAGGAGAGAUAGACUUGCAAAGGAGCAAGAUUUCUUAUCUGUCGAGGAUGAAGAUGAGGACUAUCUAGGGCGAAAAAAGAAGCCAGAAACGCGGCUCAAGCAGGAUGAGGAUGAUAUCGGAGAAGGAUUCGACAAUUUUGUGGAAGAUGGAGGUCUGUCCCUAGGAAAUCGCGCAGAAAAGGAACGGCGGAAGCGCGAUCGAAAAGAAAUGGCGGAGCUUAUUACGGCAGCUGAAGGCCAUUCGUCAGACGACUCCUCCGAUAGCGAUGCAGAGCGUCGUAUAGCCUAUGAGUCGGCACAGACUCGAGCAGGUCUCGAUGGUCUCAAGAAGCCGAAGAAGGACCCGGCCCAGGAGCUUCUGCAGGUCCCUGCAAAGAUCACGGCAAUACCAAAUCUAUCAGAAUGUGUCUCGAAUCUUCAGAUAUCCCUCCAAGCAAUGCAGGAGGAGAUCAGACAAAAGACAGCCCGGGUACAACAAUUAAGGAACGAGAAACAAGAGAUUUUAAAGAGGGAGAAAGAGGUGCAAACCCUAUUAGAUGAAACCGGGAAAAAAUAUCAAGAGGCAAUGGGACAGGGGAAAAAUGAUAAUGCAAUAGGCCCUGAUGCUGGGAUUGGCGGCGCGUUCGCUGGUGAGCGCGGGUUAGAAAGUAUUGGGAGAACUCCGGCCAGGGAUGAGGGCGAAGACGACAUAUAA